AUGUGCCGUCCCUUUGCUUGCCAUGUGUGUGGUGGGGGGGGCAGGGCGGUGGGCAAGUGGAGGGCGGUGCUGGGGGAGGCGGAGCAGCAGGCGGAGGAGGCGAGGCUGGAGGCCAUGGAGGCUGGCAGGGCGGAGAUGCGCCAGUGGUGGACGAAUCAGCUGGAGGAGAAGGCAGUGAAGCUGGCAGAGCAGGCAGCGGCAGCAGUGGAGGCGGAGGCAGCCAUGUAUGUGGCGGCUGCGGCUGAUUUUGGUGGCGGGGAGGAGGGCGACCUGAGUGAGGACGAGCUCAUCGCCUCCGAUGAUGAGGAGCAGAUGGAGGUGGCGGCGCGCAUGGUGGAUCUGAGCGACAUGGAGCGCGCCGUCAUCGAGCGCGAGAUGACCCGCUACCGCGCCAGGCGCGAGGCCAAGCGCGCCUUCUGGGAGCGCGAUGUGCAGCGCGCCAUGGACCGCAACCGCAAGGCCAUGCGUGAAUGGUGGUUGCAGCAGUGGGGGGCAAAGCAGAGGGCCAAUGGGUGGGGCGACAAUCCGCCUGUGUGGCGCCUCAAGCUCACCGCAGGCAGCGCGGACACGCCAGGUGGCAGCACGGCAUUGGAGGACGUGGAGGUGUCGGGCAAGGGCGUGACGCUGGGCCUGCUCCCCCAGCCGGAGGACGGCUCGCGACCCAUCGAGCUGCACCUCAAGGGGGUGUCGUUCGCGCACGCGGUGGUGUACGGCAAGGACAAGUACAUGGGGUUCGGCAGCUACAAGCGCGAGUACUUCAUCGCUGACAUCGGCUCCACCACCGGCACCUUCCUCAACGGCAAGCUGCUGGGGGUGAAUGCGCCGCGCAAGCUGGCCAGUGGUGAUGUCAUCAAGCUGGGCCCUGAGGUUGAGUUCGUGGUGACUGACCCCUCUCUCUCGCCCUGA